AUGGCUCAAACCACGGAUCCGCCCUUCAGGCAGGCCGCCCUCAAGAUGCCGUGCUCACAGCUGGUGUUGGAUCGUAUCGACCCACUCGUCGAACCGGGCAAGACGGGCUCGUCACACCUCCACCAGAUUGUAGGGGGCAACGGCUUCAACGCAACCAUGGACCCGGCCAACCAUCCGGCCGACAUGUCGAGCUGCACAACAUGCCUCAUCACCGAGGACUUUUCCAACUACUGGACCGGCGUUAUGUAUUUCCAGGCCCGGAACGGCUCUUACAUGCGCGUCAAGCAGCUCGGCGUGCUGUACCACGAGGAGGCCAACGGCGGCGUCACCAUCUACUACUCCCCGCAGGACAGACACCCCGAGAUCAGAUACCGAGCCUUCAUGCCGGGCUUCCGCAUGCAAGUCGGCGACCCGGACAGUCGUGCCCCGUACCAAACCCUGCCGCCGGGCGAGACACCCAGCCUCUUCGACGGUCCCACAUACACGUGCAUGGAAGACGAGUACACCCGCUUCUACAACCUCACCUACGACUUCCCAAAAGGCCCCUGCCCCGGCGGUAUCAUGACAACAACCCCCUUCCCGCCCUGCUGGGACGGCAAGAACCUCGACAGUCCAGACCACAAAAGCCACGUUGCCUUCCCGCCGGGGGGCGCCAGAGCGUACAUCAACGGCGCGCCAUGCCCGGCGAGCCACCCGGUCUACAUACCCAUGAUAACCCUUGAGAUCCGGUGGGACACGCGGCCGUUCAAUGACCCGGAGCUCUGGCCGACGGAUCCAGGUCGGCAGCCGUUUGUCUGGAGUUUUGGCGACCGGGUCGGGCACGGCCACCACGCCGACUACGUCUUUGGCUGGCGAGGCGACUCGCUGCAGAAAGCCUUCGACAGGGGCAACUGCCGCGACCAGAUCUGCUACUUGCCCGUGCAGAACUAUUCUGCUAUGAAUGGUUGCACCAAGCCGCCGGCGGUCGGCGAGGGGAUUGAUGGGUGGUUGGACAACAUGCCGGGCGGUGUUGUGGCGCGGGAUGGGGAGGAUUGA